AUGAGGCCAAACAUGAACCAUCCCAUGCCCUUCAUCUACCCUGGGCCGUACAGCACUGACCAACCCCAGACUUAUACAGACUUCUCGCCAACUUUUUCAGACUCCUUUUGCGACUUUAACCCCGACUUCAAUUCUGACUCCGCGGGGUCCCCUGCAACGUCCCAUUCCCCUGCGCUCAGCUCCGCUUGCUUUGAUACGAGUGCACUUCUCAACUGGCCAAAUGAGAAGUUUGAGCGUUGGCAAGAGCCUGAAGGUCGCUUCAAGGCUGAGCCCUACGAGGGCAACAUGAUCUCGGCCUUCCCAGACCGGCCUCUUACCGCCAGCCCCUCCAUCAACCCCGUUGAGCUCUCCAUACAGGUGCCCACGACAACACAAGACCUUACCUUCGACUACAUGGGUAUAGCAUGGACUGCAACCUCUCUAACAACAACAACAACAACAACAACGACGACAUGGAAGACGGCCCCUGCAGCUACAACUUCUGAAGAAAGAAAAGAAUACAACAACAACAACAACAACGACAGCAGCAGCAGCAGCAGCAGCAACAAAUGCAGCGUCCCGUGGCAGCAGCAGCAGCAGCAACAGCAGCCUAUCGAACUCGCCGAGGAUGUGAAGCGUUACCCCUCGCGGAACAACCUCACCUCGCGGAGCAACCUCACCUCACGGAGCAAUCUCGCCCCAGGGAGCAACCUCAAGCGCAAGUCUUCUUUCACUUCAUCUUCCGAGGAGGAGGAACAUCGCCACACCAAGCGCGUCUCCAAGUCCCCGACGCCCAGCUCGUCUCGCACUUCACCGAAGGCCAAGAAGGAAAAGGGCGCUUCCCCCGCAUCCGCGACAGCCCCCAAGAAGACGGCCCACAACAUGAUCGAGAAAAGGUAUCGCAAUAAUCUCAACGACAAGAUCGGCCAGCUUCGCGACUCUGUCCCAUCUCUUCGCCUUGCCGCCAUGCGCAUGGAGAGCGGCCACUACGAGGAUGAGUGCGAGGGCUCGGAAGGGGACCUGAAUAUGAUACCGGCACCCAAACUCAACAAGGCCACCAUCCUCAGCAAGGCGACGGAGUAUAUCAAUGAGCUUGAAAGGAAGAUUUAUAGCUUGGAGACGGACUACCGUGCGCUAAAAGGAAGAAUGGAUCAAAUGAAUCUGAUGCUGAUCAGCCGUGGUGGUGUUGGUGAUCCGCAAUAUGGUGGUAUGUGGAACUAA